AUGGAGUCACUGAUUGAGACUGAAAAUGGAGAAUAUAUGUGGUUGAAUCCAGAAACUAAUUCCUAUGAAGUGGUGGAAAUAUAUGAUGGUGGGAAUGGGUUCCAAGGAAAAUCUCUGGAGAAAACUACUUCCCCUGGAUCACGUCAAACAAAUGUUACUGUGAUGAAAUCAAACUUAUAUUGUUCUGGAAUGGGCCAAUCAAAACAGAACAAUCCGGAGAUAUUGCCAGAAACAAUCCAAACCCAUUUGGCUAUGAUGCAACCUCACAUACAACCUGGAACAAGCAAGUCCAAUCAUUUUGGUACUAUACAAAACAAUAAUUCUGAGAUAUUGCCAGAAACAAACAAAACAACUUCAUUGAUGAAACCAAACACUUGGAGUGACAAUCAGACAUUGAUGUUUCUAGAUCUAUGUUCUGAAAACAAAGAAAGAUUAACCAAUGUCAAAUAUAAAAAGACAGAAGUUUACAAAGACAUUGCCAUAGAGUUACAGAAUAAGGGCCACUAUUUCACUGCAGAUCAGUGUGCUAAUAGACUCAAGACACUCACUGCAAAAUACAAACAAAUAAGGGAUCACAACUCUCAGUCAGGAAAUAGUCAUAAGGACUGGAUAUUUUUCGACUCUAUGGCUGAAUAUUUUGGUGAUAGGCCUGGAAUCACUCCCAGAGCAGUUUGUUCAAGCAUAAGGUUGGCAGAUGAUGCUGUGCCAGCUUCUUCACAGACUCGUACCAAUGAGACCUUCACUGCUGAGACUACUGAGAAUAGUGGUAAAAAAAUAUCUACUGACUGCACACGAAAAGUCAAGAGAAUUUGUAAAAGAAUUUCACCUAGAGUUGAGAUGGUGAAGUGGCUACAAGAAUACAAGAAGGAGGUUUCAGAAAGAGAAGAAAGAAGAAUUGCAUUGGCUAGAGAGCAGCAUGCAGAAAAUAAAAAAUUCAUGGCAGAUGUGCUGAAUCUGAUAAGAAAAGAUGAAAGUCUGGACAGCAAAUAA